AUGACUGAGUCCACGACCCUGAAGUCUUCGCGACGAAAACGUCCUUCCUUUAGCCCUGUCAAACCUCGCGUCGCAGCCCUUGACUUCCAUGAGUUCUCCUUACUUGAUGAGCAGGGUUCAACCCCCUCUCUCGGCGAUGAAUGCCAUCGUCUUCUUUUCCAAUACUUACAGGACAAUUAUGGCGUGGAGGAUAUGUGGGUCAUGCCACCAUGCAUCAUUCUCCGCUGUCCCAAACGCCCCGACCCGUCCGAAAAACCCUUCGCCAUAGCUGGCUGCCUCGCCUUUUGGCUUGGCAUGGAAGAUGAUAUCCCUUCCAUCCGACCUGGGUUUUCGGGAGGUGAAACUGAGACCAGCGAAUGGCUUAAAAUCGAUCAGAACUUGGCUAGUGACCUGAAGCCUUUCAAACUCCUGCAACCGGAAACCUUAUCUGCCCUCCUCGUCCAAUACUUUCCUACAGCUCAAGCCAUUUCUUUCAUUGCAGACACAGUCAUCGUUGAGUAUGCGGAGACUGACGACGACUCUUGGAAUGAGAAGCUCAAAUCCUUACCAUCCGAUUUUAUGAAUACCUCCGUGCAGCUUCAUUUCACAAAUGGACUCCUUGCAAACGCAGAAUGGAAAGGAAAGAUUACAUCAAAACCGGCCGUUUUGAAAGACAUGGUAAGUGACGAUUUCGACUAUGUUGCUGAAAUGGGAGGCUUCUAUCCCGGGGCGAUGCUAUGCUCCAAUAAUGACGAUGCUAUAACUGCGGGUAUUCUGGUCGAGAAAGGGGGUGAAGUAAGGUUAACAGUGGCUUUUCAGUGCUGGGAAGAAGAGUAUAGGAACCAUCCCGACCAGAAGCUUUAUUGUGUCGGGGUACGUGUGCUGGGCCCAAAGAGAAGCAAUGAUUUCCUUCGGGAUCACCAAGCAUCUCCUCCGGAUGGGCAAAAUGUGAUCAUGGGCCAAGGGAUUUAUGCGACGAACGAUCCGGUCAUAGUUGGAUCGCCACAACUGCGUGCUGGCAUUUGCGGUUCCGUGCUCGUGAGGCUCCGGCGCGCCGGAGAGAACCAAACUUGUGUUGAGAGUGGUGAAAUUUGCGGGAUUAUGCAUUGGGCCGAGCUGGCCAUGAAAUAUUCGACCGAGGCGAAAUUCCUCUGUUUUGCUGAUCCGAUGGACCCGCUCAUCGACGACGGUUGGAAUUGCGUUAUCCCCCCACCCAAGCGUGAAGAGAUGGAGGAGGAGAACGGGCCCUCAAAGAAGAAGCAGGCUCAGUGA